AUGGACCCUGCUCAGGGCCCUGCUGCCGUCGAGCAGCUGGCGAGUAGCCACGGGGAUCGGUUGCGGAAUUUGCUGUUUCAAUCAGAGGCAUCCAGCUCAUCGAAAGCGAUUGUAGAGCUUUUAGGUUUCCUAAACACUCGAGAUGAAGAAUCAAGAGCACAUUUGGAACAUGUGACAUGGACUUCAUGGGCAAGGCUUGGCAAGGCAUUGGAUGGAGACACAUGCAGGAGGAAUGCCAUUUUGGAGAGUGCGUGCAAGGCAGCGGGGAUACAGGAUCGCCAGGCUGCACCUAUACAAGUCUCAAGCCAGAAGGGCUUUGAUCUGGUGUCUUUAGCCACGAGACUUCCCUCCAUUGGAUCCCUGCUUGUCCUUGGGGACCAAGUGCUAGAAGAAUCUAAAAAUGUCCGGAUUCUGCAUUCUUCUGCAAAAGGCAAAGGAGAAGAUCCCACACUGCAAGCAGGCACCGAUGUAGAGAUGCCAGCUCAGGACAAUCAGACAAAGCAAGGCCGAAACAGUCAUGAUGUACAUCAAACAGAGCAAAAUCGACGUGUGAGUUCUCUGAUGAGCCAAUGCUUCACCACAGCACAGCAGGGGGCUUCUUUCAUUGUGCCUGGUAGCUGUGCAAGUUGA